AUGUCGUUCUGGAAGACAUUGCAGAGACAACCACGCACCAUUUCGUUGUUUACCAACGACAUCGCGUCCAAUCUCAAGUCGCAGAAGUGCCUCCAGUCGCUGAAGAGCGACGUAUCGCACCGGUUCGACGUCGAGAUCGCCAACCGGUUCCCCACGUGGGACCAACUGCAGUACAUGAAGACGUCGUGCCCGCAGGGCACGACGUCAUUGCAGAGGCAGAUCCCCAAGCUUGCCGCAGUGCUCAAGUACAAGCACACAGACCCCACGUUCGGGAUGGACCUGGAGAAGUGUGUCCAGAAGGGUCUGUGGAAUCCGCAGGAGGCGCUGUGGGUCGACUGGGAGAACAAGCUGGUGGGCAAUGAGCCCGCCGACAUCGACAAGCACGUUCUCCAGCGCAAGUAA